UUUGUAAUAGUUCUUAUCGAUAAAAUAACAGAAAAAUGUGCGGUUUGUGCGCGUGUCGUUGCAUCGUAGCUGCGCGAAGUGGAAAUGUAUCAUCUCGACACUUGACUUGAUUUAAAUCUGACAGGAGACAAUAAUCCAGCGCACCUCCUGACAGCAAGAAGAUAAACAGCCUAACUCCCAGGGCUGUUCUCCUUUGAGAGACCAUGGGCCGGCUGGAUGACGCCGCCAAGCACAAAGUGGUGGAGCUGAGGAAAGCUGGUCUGAGUUUCCGUAAGAUCAAAGCUGUGCUGGAGCUGGAGAACAUCAAGGUGUCGGCCCAGGCCAUCUACCUGUUCCUGAGGGAGUUCCAAGGGAGGCCCCCGGGGCGGGUCAGACCUGUGGAGGGUGGAGGCAGCACAACAAAUGUAGCCCACAUGCAAGCUCAAGCUGCGACAACACAAGAUAGCUGGAGUAACGCUCAUCUCCAUAACCUCCUACGGAAGGCAUCUCACCACGCUGGCUUCACAGCAGCUGCGGACUUUGCCAAACAAACUUCUACAAAUCCAGAGGCUUGUGGAAAGCCACCUGGGUACGGGGAGUCGAGCGGCGGCAGCAGGUCAGAACAGCAACUCGUGGGAGAUAAGGAAGAAAAUGACAUCCAGAUUGUUAGUGUCACCUCUCUUGCACAGAACAGCCAACAGGGAGGUCCCCAGUGCAAUGCACCACAGGCAGUGAUGGGCGCUGUGCCUUCAACACCGACAGGAGCCGGAGCCUUCAUGAGGAAGAGAGUCUCACCUUCUCCAGCCUCUAACUCAGUUUUGGCAGCCCGAAAGAGGCUUCUGGAUAAAGCGCUGUCACAUAGGAUGAAGUCAUUCCAGCAGGUGGCAUCGUUGCUCAAAAGAGAUCACCCAAGUGUCCAGGGAUCGACUAUAAGUAGUGCGAUGCCACAGCUGACUGAAACAUAUGACCUGACCACUGAAAAGACUGUUAUAGAGGGUCAGUCUGGAGGAAGUGGUCCCCCCAAGCGUUUUCUGACACAGAGACCAGGUCUGUCUGUCCGUUCUCCUCACCCUCCUCCUCGGGUUGGCAUUCGUCUUCCUAAUCGCCUGGGAGCACCUUUCACAUCCUCAGCUCCCGGGGGUUCUGUCAUCCGCCUGCAGAUCACUGCUGGCCAAGGUGCACCUCAUAGUGAGCAAAACCUACAGCAGGCAGCUCAGGACACGGGGGGAAAAGGUGGUCUGCAGGAUCAAAUCCAGACUCUGGGUUCCGAGGUGCGCGGCUUGGGCCUGGCAGUGAAGAUGCUUGUGGAGCAGCAGUGCCGCCUGGAGAGGGAGCAGGUGCAGCAGACCCACAUUCAGAAGCAGAUUCUCAGCACUCUGCAGAGCCUGUCCCUCAAACUUGGACCGUGUAGCAGUUCUCAACAGCAGCACAACAAAACCCCAUCACCCUCUGCAUCUACCUCCUUCAGCCAAGACAACUUCAGCUUUAGUCGGGGCACGUACACUCAGUGCAGCCAAACCCAGCCAAGCUACAACUCUUUAGAGAGUUUGGACAAUGUAGAGGCCUUUAAACUGCCAGGACUGAGCCCUACAAGUAUGAAUGGGUUUCCGCCAUGUAGCAAUGCGGAGAACCUUCCACUUACUCACACUCCCCCUCAAACUCAACCAUAUGCAGCUGCAUACGCACAGCAAACCAGUCAAAAUCUGAUGGCACCCUACACACAAUCCUACCCCUCUACAUUCACCCAGACACAUUCUCAGAGUUUCAGAAUAUCAGAGAGCAAGUCAUCUGAUUUCCCGAGCAGCUGCUCAGCAAGGAGCCUCCAGAGCUGCAGCGUUUCCACGCAGCCACUGGUGAACUCAAGUCACGCUGCACAAGAUCAGCGGCUCAAUGUUGUCAAAGUGGAGGGGCCGUAGAGGGCCUCUGAUUCAACAAUGUCUUUUGGACCAUAAGGGCUUCGAGUUGCUUUUUAAGAGUUACUUUAGUGCAGUAUUUUAAGACGCACAUGCUUUUACAAUAAGCAUAGUUGUAGCAUUUUUCCAUUUAUUACAAAUUACAUUUUAAGAGAAUACAUACAGCAAUAGAAUGAGGGGAUUACAAUGUUUUAGGGAAAAUGUGGACAUGACUUGAUUUAGAUUAUUUAUGUGCAGGCACCUUUUUGUAAAAAACCUUGUUUAUAAUGUAUUAACCUAUUUUGUAGCAGUAUGACUGACAUGAACUGUUACUGUUCAAACCUCUAUGCUUGUUGAUUGAAAAAAGAAUAAAGAGCCGGUUAUGAUUGAAGGCA